CGGGGCGGCCGGGCCCGGCCUCCUGCCUGCGCCCCGCCGAGCUGUGUCGGGCAGCUGCAUUAGCGGCUGCGCGCUGAGAGGAGCCGCUCCCAGGCCGGCCGCCCCCUGCGCCCGGGGUCAAUUAUCCACAUUAAUAUUGUUUGGCUUUUUUUUUUCUUCUACACCUCCAAGAGUAUUGUAUUCUCUGCCUUGUAGCUUUAUCCUGUUUUUUUCCUGUUUAACUCAGCUGCAAAACACAAGAUCAUGAAGGCUGUAAACCAAUUGGUUCCUUGUUAGAGAUGUCACUGAUAAGAGAAAUAGAGAUUGUCUCUACCUAGUUCCUGAGGUCUCCAGUGUUUAAAUAUGGAUUUCUCUCUCACAACAUAAGCCUGAAACGUUUAUUUUUACUCUCUGAGGUUAAUACUGAAGUGGCAUUGAUGAAGAGGAGCUACUUGACAGUUGCCUUUGACUGGUUGAAUUGUGCAGCAUUGUUUACCCAGGAGAUACAUUGAGAUCCAUUUGUUUUCAUCCUUGACAUUGUUUCCACCUGGGUUAUGGCAGAAUUCUGAUACAAAAGCAAAAACGUACAGGGGGAACAAUUUGGAAUAUAAACUGAGCAUGGUAGGAUCUUGAAUGCAAAUUGUCGUAAAAGGAGAGACGGGGAGGUGAAGGAAUGGCAUCCAGAGAGAGGCUGUAUGAACUUUGGAUGCUUUAUUGUAACAAGAAAGACCCAGAUUAUUUGCAGCUUUGGCUGGACAGUUUUGUUUCUAGCUAUGAACAAUUUCUGGAUGUGGACUUCGAGAAGCUUCCCACAAGGGUGGAUGAUGUACCUCCUGGAAUAUCACUACUUCCUGACAAUAUUCUGCAGGUCCUGAGGCUUCAGCUGCUACAAUGUGUCCAAAAAAUGUCAGAUGGACUAGAGGAGGAGCAACAAGCUUUGUCACUUUUACUUGUCAAAUUCUUUAUCAUCCUUUGCAGAAAUCUGGCUAAUGUGGAAGAAAUUGGGACUUGCUCCUACAUUAAUCAUAUCAUCACCAUGACUACACUCUACAUUCAGCAGUUAAAAAGCAAAACAAAAGAGAAAGAAGUGGCAGAUCAAUCACCUAUAGAAGAGUUUGUAAGACACGCAUUGGCUUUUUGUGAAAGUCUCUAUGAUCCGUAUCGAAACUGGAGGCAGCAAAUUGCAGGGCGAAUCCUGAGUAGUGUUGAAAAGAGCAGACAAAAGUAUAAACCUGCUUCCCUCACAGUGGAAUUCAUCCCUUUCUUUUACCAAUGCUUUCAAGAAAGUGAACAUCUCAAGGAAAGCCUGAAGUGUUGCCUGCUACAUCUCUUUGGAGCCAUUGUGGCUGGUGGACAGAGAAAUGCUCUUCAAGCCAUAUCUCCUGCCACCAUGGAAGUCUUGAUGCGUGUUUUGGCAGACUGUGACACCUGGGAUGAUAGGGAUCCUGAGGAAGUGAGCAGGAAAGCAGAGCUGACUCUUAAGUGCCUGACAGAAGUAGUGCAUAUCCUUCUCACCAGUAGUUCAGACCAGCGGCAAGUGGAGACCAGUACCAUACUGGAGAACUACUUCAAGUUGCUUAAUUCAGACCAUUCAGCGUUGCCUAACUCCAGGAGAUCUAGGCAGUGGGAGAAUAGGUUCAUUGCACUACAGAUCCAAAUGCUGAACACCAUCACAGCCAUGUUAGACUGCACUGAUAGGCCUGUUCUGCAGGCCAUUUUCCUUAAUAGUAACUGCUUUGAGCAUCUCAUCCGACUGCUGCAGAACUGCAAGCUGUUUUUAAAUGCUAACAAUAAGGUGGCAGACAAGAGUGAAAAAGACCUUGCCAACAAAUUACUGACAGAAAUGAAUGAGGACCAGGUGUUUCAGGGACAACUAGACUGCUUGGCAGUAUCCACCAUUCAAGCCCUUACAGCAGUAUUGCACAAAUCUCCAGCUGCGAAGGAGGUCUUUAAAGAGCGGAUUGGUUAUGCACAUAUGUAUGAAGUACUAAAAUCUCUGGGUCAGCCUUCGCGAGAGUUGCUAGAAGAACUUAUGAAUAUGGCUGCUGAAGGUGAUCACGUGUCUGUUGGAAUUUUGGGCAUUAGUAACGUCCAGCCCUUAUUGCUGCUUAUCCAGUGGCUUCCAGAGCUAGAGUCACAUGACCUUCAGAUCUUCAUCUCAAAUUGGUUGAAGCGAAUCUGCUGUAUUAACAGGCAGAGUCGUGCCACGUGUGUCAAUGCAAACAUGGUCAUCCGCAUCAUUGAGACAUUAAACUUCCACUCUUCACUUCAUCGCACUUGUGCUGAGAACCUGAUUGGCCUCCAGGGUUCUUUGGGAAGUCAAUCAAUGAGCUCUGAAGAACUGCAUCGACUAAUACGACUCUUGAGGACUAAUGAACCAAAGCAGUCUCACCCUUACGUCAUCCCUGUGAUGCGUGCAAUUCUGGCAAUGGCUCGGAAGCAAGGCCUGGACAGUGCCAUGCAAUAUUUCAACUUGUCCCCCAGCAUGGCAGGAAUUGCUGUGCCACCUAUUCACAAAUGGCCAGGCUCUGCAUUUUCCUUCAAUGCUUGGCUAUGCCUAGACCAGGACCAAGUUACACCUGACAUCACCAGCAAGGGAGGAGGCAAGAGGAAGCAACUAUACAGCUUUUUUACAGGAAGUGGGAUGGGUUUCGAGGCCUUCAUUACCUGCUCUGGAACGCUGGUGGUUGCAGUUUGCACAAAGAGAGAAUAUGCAACAGUGAUGCUGCCAGAGCAUUGUUUGUGUGAUUCCCUCUGGCACAACAUAACUAUUGUUCAUAUGCCUGGAAAGAGGCCCUUUGGUCAAAGCUUUGUCUACAUCUACGUCAAUGGACAACAGAAGAUCUCUGCCCCACUUAGAUUUCCUGCCAUGAAUGAACCUUUUACUUCUUGCUGCAUUGGUUCAGCUGGUCAGAGGACAACCACUCCUCCUCCAUCUCAGAUACCGGACCCACCCUUCUCUUCCCCGAUUACGCCUCAUCGAACAUCUCUAGGUGGGAUUCUCUCUCCAGCUAGUUGGGGCGGACUGCUUGGGAAAUCAGAAUUGAUCACCAAGUUGAUCUCCGCGGGUACCCAGGACAGUGAAUGGGGAUGUCCAACAUCACUGGAGGGCCAGCUUGGGUCAGUUAUCAUCUUCCAUGAAGCACUGCAGCCCUCGCAGGUGAAAGCUUUAUAUUUGGCAGGCCCAAACUGUCUAACUCCAUGGAAAUCCCAAGAGUCUGAAGUGGCCGAUCUGCCCAGUAAAGUGCUUCUUCACUAUACACCCAAGGCCUGCAGAAACCCAAUCUGCCUUGACCUGUCCACAAAUCUUUUACAUGGAAGACUAACUGGAAACAAAGUAGUGAACUGGGACAUCAAGGAUAUGAUAAAUUGUAUUGGUGGAUUGAAUGUGCUGUUUCCACUACUGGAGCAGAUCAGUUUUCUCAGUGGACAGGUGCCUGAGAGGCCUGAAGGGGAAACUAUACCUCAGGAACUGGUGACUCCAAUAGAGGGAGACUGGGUGGUGUUAUCAUCCACAAAGGCUUCAGAGGCUCGUCUAGAGAAGAAUAUUGUUGCAACUUUCAUCUUGAUGAUAAAGCAUUUUAUUCAAAGACACCCUAUUAACCAAGAUAAUCUCAUUCACUCCCAUGGAGUUGCUACCCUAGGAGCCUUGUUACAGAAGGUGCCAGGCAGCUUGAUGGAUGUGAAUGUACUGAUGGCUCUGCAGUUAUUGAUAGAACAGGUCUCUGUGGAAAAAAAUGUGCAACUUUUGCAACAGAUGUAUCAACAUUUACUUUUUGACUUUAGUAUCUGGAACCGUGGAGACUUCCCUUUCCGGAUUGGACAUAUACAGUACCUUUCCACAAUCAUCAAAGACAGCAGGAGGCUCUUCAGAAAGAAGUAUGGAGUGCAGUUUCUGCUAGACACACUCAGGAUUUAUUAUGGUAGUGGCUGUAAAGACAGGGACUUAGCUCCAGAUGACCUCAGAACAAUACAAACAUUCCUAUAUGGACUGAUCAAAUAUUUCCUAAGCAAAGGUGGGACACAUGAAGAAAUACAGAGCAUCAUGGGAUAUAUAGCUGCGACCAGUGAAGAGGAACAGCUCUGUGGGAUUCUUGAUAUACUCUUCAGCCUACUUCAUACAAGCCCAACCCGGGACCAGCUUUUCUUGUUGCUUUUUGAACCAGGAAAUGCUGAUAUUCUCUAUGCUCUGUUACUGAAUCAGAGAUAUUCUGACAGGCUAAGGGAACUUGUAUUCAAGAUUGUAGAGCAGAUGCUGAAAUGUACUAAAGUCUAUGAACGGAGUAAACAACGUAUGAGACUCAGAGACAUGGGAUACUCUGGGCUAGGGCUCCUUCUGAAUGAAUCCCCAGUUACCAUUUCUCUUAUUAAAAAUCUUCUUAACCAAAUUCUGUAUGCAGAUCCUGUUGUGAAUUACAGAGACCUCAUAGCUGUGGUGCACCUGUCUCAUAGAGCAGAUAUAAAUGUUAGAGUGGCCAUCUGCAAAAAGGUUUUACAGCUUUUACAUUCCCAGCCGGAUGCAGCACAGCAGAUUUCUCAACAGCUAGCCUGGCAGGAGACAUUGGUUAGACUAUUCCUAAAAGAAAACUCCGACAUCAGGAAUGGACUUAAAGAGAGCAGGACUGACUCUACAAAGGAAGAUGAAAAAAAAAUUCCUCCUGAAGAGCUUCGGAAAUGCUAUCCUGAUCAGACAGAGGGGGGGAAAGCUGGUGGCUUUGCCUCAGUUAAUGGUUCAUAUGAUCAGUGGAGCGUGGAAGACAGCAAAUCUUUAGAUGUCCCCAGCUGUUUUUCUGGUACAUUGCUGGAAGGUACUUCCGUGGAAGAGAUGACUUUCAGGUCAGAGGAUCAAGAAGAGUUAUGGCACAGUAAUCCUUCACAUUUGCGUUUAGAUCUGUCUAGCGUGGAUUCUUAUGAGCUGGCUGAUAGUGGGAAUCAAAUGACAGAUAGCCUACCCAGCACACCAUCACCCAUUGAAAAUUCAAAGCCAUUCUCUGGUCAGCCUGACAAAGAAUCAAGCGUCCUCAAUGAUAUGGGAUUCAGCAUUGAUCUUUCGUUAUUUGAAAACCAAGGAGGAUCUGAAGAGGAGCUCAUACAGUUGCUCACAGAUGUCCUGCUCUGUGUGAUGUGGAAAGGUUUAGAAAGGUUUGACGAUGCUGUCUGGAUUGAGAGGGGACAGGUGUUUUCUGCACUGACCAAACUGGGGAUAUCUAAUGAGUUACUGCAACCUUCUGAUGAAAUAAAACUCAACUUGCUAGAGAAGAUGCUGGAAUGGACAGUCACUGAUAACAGAGACACAAAAGCUCUUCCGACACAUGCUGAAAAUGCCUUCCGGCUCCUGCUCAUUGUACAGGACUUUCUACAGGCAGAAGGGCUAGUUAAUUCAAACUUAUGGACAGAAAAGCUUUUAGAAGAGCUGGUGACACUCAUUGACAGCCUGUCACUCUGGUACUCUGCUGGCCCAGAAUCGAUCAAGCUCUCCCAAGUGCAGGUCCAGUUGCUCCUGGGAUUCAUUGGACAAGAUAACUUACAGGUUUGCGCUAUGGCAGCAGCCAAGCUAAACACCCUUCUUCAGACCAAAGUAAUUGAAAGCCAAGCUGAGGCAUGCUACCUCUUGGGGAAGUUGGAAGGCAUCCUGAGUAGAUCAAUCAAAGAGAAGACAGAAACAUACGCAUUCUUGAUUCCCCUUGUUCGAACGCUGAUAUCCAAAGUUUACCAACUUCUCUUCAUGAACCUGCACCUACCCUCGUUGCCUCUCACCAAUGGCAGCCCCUCUUUCUUUGAGGACUUCCGGGAGUAUUGCAGCUCUGAUGAAUGGCAAGUUUAUAUUGAUAAAUAUAUUAUUCCAUAUAUGAAACAGUAUGAAGUCAAUACAUUCAGUGAUGGUCAUGAGCAUAUGGCACUUUAUUGGAAGGACUGUUAUGAGGCAUUAAUGGUGAAUAUGCAUAAGCGAGACAGAGAACGAGGAGAAAGCAAGCUCAAAUUUCAGGAGUGUUUCGUGGAGCCAUUUAACCGAAAGGCACGCCAGGAGAACCUGCGUUAUAACAGCAUGCUAAAACAGCUUAAUAGUCAACACACCGCUACUCUGAGGCAGUGGAGAGCAGCCCAACUUUACCUGACUUGUGAACAGGGCCCCUGGGCUGAAAGGAAACAGAAUCCCAUUCACUGGAAACUUUCAAAUGUGGAAAACUACUCACGUAUGAGGUUAAAACUUGUGCAAAAUUACAAUUUCAACUCCCAUCAGGAGGCCAGUGACCUGAGAGACAAUUUAGGGAUGCAGCAGACACAGCCAUCUAGUGAGUCACUGCUCCUGGAGGUGGUGAAGCAGGUAAAAGUUAGUGACAUGGAGGAUGAUAUACUUGAACUGCCAGAAGAGGACACAACUGCUGGUGCAAGCAUGGAUGAAAAGGAGGAGCAGGGUCAGAAAGAAAAAUUGGUACUGUCUGAAGAAUGUGAACUCAUUACACUAAUUGAUGUAAUACCUGGCAGACUGGAGGUCACUACCCAGCACAUCUGCUUCUAUGAUGGCAGCAUUGAAAAGGAGGAAGGAGUAGGUUUUGAUUUCAAAUGGUCCCUUUCUCAAAUUCGAGAGAUACACUUGCGCCGAUACAACUUGAGGCGGUCAGCCUUGGAGAUCUUCCUAACAGAUCAGACCAACUACUUCCUUAACUUCAAUAAGGAGGUGAGAAACAAAGUGUACAGUCGAAUCUUGUCACUCCGUUCUCCAAAUAUUUAUGGGACCAGAUCUCCACAGGAACUAUUUAAAGCUUCAGGCUUGAUGCAGAAAUGGGUGAACAGAGAAAUAUCAAACUUUGACUAUCUCGUUCAAUUGAACACCAUGGCGGGACGAACUUACAAUGACCUUGCCCAAUAUCCUGUGUUUCCUUGGGUCCUGCGAGAUUACACAUCAGAAGAGUUGGACUUGAAUAAUCCUGCUGUCUUUAGGGAUCUAUCCAAACCCAUUGGAGUGGUGAAUGAAAAGAAUGCCAAAGCUGUGCAAGAAAAAUAUGAGAAUUUUGAGGAUCCUCUUGGGACGAUUGACAAGUUUCACUAUGGUACUCACUACUCAAAUGCUGCUGGUGUCAUGCAUUAUCUCAUUCGAGUAGAGCCUUUCACCACACUGCAUAUCCAGCUUCAGAGUGGCAGGUUUGACUGUGCAGAUCGGCAGUUCCAUUCCAUUCCUGCAACAUGGCAAGCCCUUAUGGAUAACCCAAAUGAUGUGAAAGAGCUUAUCCCAGAGUUCUUCUACUUCCCAGAGUUCUUGGAGAAUCAAAAUAAGUUUAACUUGGGUCAGCUACAAAUCUCCAAAGAGGUAGUGAAUGAUGUUGUUCUCCCAAAAUGGGCCAAGUCACCUGAAGAUUUCAUUUGUAAACACAGGAAAGCACUGGAGUCUGAGUAUGUCUCUGCUCAUCUCCAUGAAUGGAUAGAUCUGAUUUUUGGCUACAAACAGAGGGGACCAGCUGCAGUGGAGGCGCUCAAUGUGUUCUAUUACUGUACUUACGAAGGAGCUGUGGAUUUAGAUGCCUUAACAGAUGAGAAGGAAAGAAAAGCUUUAGAAGGGAUGAUUAACAAUUUUGGACAAACACCCUGUCAGCUGCUGAAGGAGCCUCAUCCUGCGAGAUUAUCUGCAGAGGAGGGAGUACAGAGACAGACCAAAAGUGACAGCUCAACCCUGAAUGUGUUCCAGCAUCUCCCUGAACUUAAGUCAUUCUUCGUAGAGGGUAUCAGUGAUGGUGUUCCCAUUGUCAAGGCUGUUGUUCCCAGGAACCAGUCACGUUCCUUUAUGUCUCAAGGGAGCCCAGAGAUCCUGGUGAUAGCAAGUCUGAACUGCAUUAUUGGAACCCACGGGUGGCUACCAUAUGAUAGAAAUAUCUCCAACUAUUUUACAUUCAUCAGAGAUCCAACUGUGACAAAUCCCAAAACCCAGCGUAGCAUAAAUGGUCCUUUCGCUCCAGGGCUAGAGAUCACCUCUAAACUGUUUGUAGUGUCCCAUGAUGCAAAGUUGCUGUUCAGUGGAGGGCACUGGGACAAUAGCAUCAGAGUGACAUCGCUCACAAAGGGCAAGUUAAUUGGACAGCAUGUCAGACACAUGGAUAUUGUGACCUGUUUGGCUAUAGAUUUCUGUGGAAUCCAUUUAAUUUCAGGUUCCAGAGACACGACGUGUAUGAUAUGGCAAAUAGUUCAGCAAGGAGGAGUUCCUGUAGGCCUGGCACCUAAACCCUUGCAGAUUUUGUAUGGACAUACUGAUGAGGUAUCCAGUGUUAGCAUCAGCACUGAACUAGACAUGGUGGUAUCUGGAGCCAGGGAUAGCACUGUGAUUAUUCAUACUAUUCGGAAAGGUCAGUACAUGAGGACUUUGCGACCACCUUGUGAGAGUUCCCUUCUGCUGACUGUUCCCAACCUGGCUGUAUCCUGGGAAGGACACAUAGUUGUCCACACCAGUAUAGAAGGAAAGACUACUCUCAAGGAUAAGAAUGCAUUACAUCUCUAUUCUGUGAACGGGAAGUAUUUGGGCUCUGAGAGUCUAAAGGAGGAAGUGUCAGACAUGUGUGUGACUGGCGAAUAUAUCGUGAUGGGGAGCUUACAAGGAUUCCUUUCCAUACGAGAUCUCUAUAGCCUGAAUCUCAGCAUCUCCCCCUUAGCCAUGCGACUGCCGAUUCGCUGCAUUUCUGUUACCAAAGAAUACAGCCACAUCCUUGUAGGCUUGGAGGAUGGCAAGUUGAUUGUCGUUGGUGUUGGCAAGCCAGCUGAGAUGCGCUCAGGUCAGCUUUCCCGAAAACUGUGGGGAUCAAGCAAACGGCUCAGCCAGAUUUCAUCGGGAGAGACUGAAUAUAACACUCAAGAUUCCAAGUGAUUGCUGCUCCUGAAUUCUCUCAUGGAUUCCAGAAAUUUGUUUAGUCUUUUGGUCACUCUAAACAUAUCUCUCAACUUUCUGAUGAGUGUUUCAGGGUCUUAUCCUUGACAGUCAGUUGAAGACCAACAUAUGGUAGAGGUACAGUAAUUUACAUAUGCACACAUGCAAAUUAGCCCACAAUUGCUUUUAUUGCUUUUUUCCUAAUCACAUUGAUUUGGUAGCAGUAGAACUCUUUCUAGAUUAUGUGCUGGAACUGAGUUUCAAAAAAAGACCUCCAAGUGCAUUAAAACACAAAUGAUACAAGUGAAUAAUGCUAGAUGUUCCUCUCUUGCUUGGAAGAGAUUAACUCAAAUUCAAGGAAAAUAUCCCAUUCUCAUCUUACAUCUUUGUAAUUCCAGGAUCAUAAACUUAAAAUUCCUUCAAUUGCAGAUAUACUGAUAAAAUUGGGACAGUUGAGAGUUAUGACUUCAAAUAUAUUCUUCAGACCAAUCAGCUUGCUGUGUACUACUGUAAAUGAUUAUUAAUAAUCCUCUAUUGCGUGGCUCCUGAGAGAAUCCCUUUUAGACUGUUCUGCAGGGAGCACCUCAAUGGCACUACUUGAUUGUCAGAAAUUGUUUAACUGACAUACAACAAUGAAUUAUAACCUUGUAGGAAUUGGGUAGGGUGAAUAUUUGCUGCAGAACAUUCUUUAGGUGGUUUGGCAAGGCAACACGCACAUUUAGAAAUCCCUUCCAUGUUUUAAGAUCUCGUAUUAAUAUAGAGGGAAUGAGAAUCACAUUUCCAUGUCUGUCAAGAUUGAGUUGUUCUUCAUUAAUAGCAUAAUUACUGCAAACUAAAAUGUCUAAUUUCAACAUUAAGAUCACCUGAAAAACUUUGUAUCAUAAUUUUACAUUUACCAUACCUUG